AUGCCCCUCAGACCCAACUCCGUCUUCCUCAUCCACCUCCUCGUCACCCUCCUCUCCAUCCUCUCCUUCAUCCUAUCAAUCCUCGCCUGGACCCGCACAAAGACCCUCUCCCUCCCCCUCCCCCCAGCCCUCCCAAUCCUCACCACCCUCCUAACCCCCUACACCCUCGCAACCCUAACCGCAACGACCCUCCUCAAAUGCACCGCCUCCCCCAAACUAACCCUGAUCAUCCCGAUCCUCAACACCCUCCACACAGCCCUAACAGCCAUCCUCCUCACCCUCGUCCUCGCCUACCUAAACAACACCACAGGGGUUAGCACCUGCACCCUCGACCGAACCUGGCAGACGUAUUUCCACGCCCGCGACGCGGCGACCAUCCGGACGAUCCAGGAUCGAUUGCAGUGCUGCGGGCUGCGCAGUGUGCGGGACCGCGCGUGGCCGUUCAAGGAUCGGAGUCACGGGGAUGAUGCCUGUGUGUUGCAGUUGGGGUAUACGCGGGCUUGUGCCGGGGUGUGGAGGGGCGAGGAGGUCAAGGUGCUGUGGUUUUUGGUGGUGGGGUUGGGGGUUGUCGGGGGGUUGAGGAUUGCGUUUUGGGUUCUUCGGGUAAGGGGGAUGGGGGGUUGGGUUUUUAAAGGGGACGGUGAGGGUGGUGGUGAGGGGAUCCGGCGGAGACGGGAGGAGUAUCAGCGGAUCUUGGAUCGGGAGGUUGAGGAGGGGGGGAGUGUUGGGAAUUUUGAGGCGGAGGAUACCGGGGAGGGUGAUGGGGGUGAUGGUCGUGAUCCUGCUGCUGCUGCUGCUGCUGGGGCAGGCAGGUUGUUGCCGCAUUCGGAGUCGGUGUAUGAGUGGGGGCAGCGUUGA